UUCAUCGUUUUGUAAACACACCUCUUUAUAUUUCUUCUUCCCAUUUCUUGCAUCUUUCCUCGGAAUCUUUUCAAACUUUCAAAUCUCUCUCUCUCUCUCUCUCUCUCUCUCUCUCUCUCUCAAAACCUUUGACCCUUUGAAAUUUUGAAUUAUUCCCAACUUCAAAAUCUAGAAACUCAAAUCCACGCGAAUUCUUUUCUUCCAUUUCAGAAACCAAUUCCCAGUUGGAAACUUUCCUGUUUCCGUUCCAAAUCCUCAUAUAGCAAAUGAAUAGAUAUAUAUAGAUAGAGAUAGAAAGCUAGAUAUCUAUUGAGAGAGACUGCCAUUCUUUAAUCAGAUUUCAACAUCAAUGGCUGUCGAACUCUGCUCAGAGACUCCCGGGUGGGUUGCCGUGAUGAGUCCCCGAAUCUCAUUCUCUCACGAUCUUUCCCAAUCCGACGGUAGCGUUCCAAUCGACCGUCCUGGACUGGAUCCGCCCGUUCUAGACUCUGAUUUCGACUUCUGCAUUCAGUCCGAGCAAGAAUCAUCGUCGGCCGAUGAACUCUUCUCCGAAGGUAAGAUCCUACCUCUCCAAUUCAAAGACUCCGUCCCUGUUCCCCGCAAUUCAAAUACAGAAACUCCCCAUCUCCCUAAACUCUCUUCUUCAAAUUGGUCUCCUCUGCCACCCAAAGAUCAUAAAAAAGAGAGCUUGAGAAAGAUAAUGGCGAUCUCUGACGCAGAAGAAAAACCCACCACUUCCAAAUCCUUCUGGCGAUUCAACCGCAGCAGCAGUCUAAAUUUCGGCAACGGCUACAAGGUGAGCUUGAUCUGUUCUUUACCGCUUCUUUCAAGAAGCAAUUCAACAGGUUCGAUUAAUACAAAUGCGAGACGCCCUCCAUCAUCGAAGUUGAAUUACAAUUCCUUGCAGAAAUCCUUAUCAAACCCAAAUCCAAAACCAUCCAUUCCAUCGACUUCAUCUUCCUUGCAUAAGACGCCAUCGAAGAAAACCAACACCGCCGGGAAAACCCAAUUCAGAUCUUACCCAAACACCGUCCGGAUCAGUCCUGUUUUGAACAUCCCACCUUACAUUCCUAAAGGAACGACAGAUCUCUUCUGCUUCGGUUAUUUCUUCUGCAGUGGAAAGGAUACCAGAAACAAGAAGAAGUCGCCCACCCCACAGGAAUUGUAGUAAAUUCCAAUAGAAAUUUCUACUCCGAAUAGAAAUUCGACAAAUCGCGAAAUGGGGUUCUUUUGUAUUGUAUCCUUUCUUCAUUUUAGUGAAUUCUACUGCGAGUAGGCAUUUGGAAAACCGCGAAUUAUAUCUCUCUUGCAGCACAACGCCUUGAGAAUCAAAGGCAGAGAUGAAGAUGGUAACUGUAAUUAGAAGUUUACAGUUGGAAAAUGAUGAGAUUGCGAUGAUUUUUUCCGGAAUGUUAUCGAAAUGUCGCUGGUCUGGGAGACAGAAGAACAGAGGUACCUCAUUCAUGGCUGUCUGAUUUCAUGGCUGUUUUGGAAUCUACUUACUUCCUUUGUUUCUAAUACUUUGAGCUAGGGGAAAAGAAUCAAAAGGAAUGCAUGAUUAGUGGGCCAUUUUAAAUUUUAUGUUUGUAUAAUAAUCAGUUUGAAUGCAUGAUUAGUGGGCCAUUUGAAAUUAGUAGUUUGAAAGAGAGGGUGUUUGUAUCCAAAGAGUUGGUUUGUGGGGAAAAUCAUCAAAAGGAAUGCAUGAUUAGUGGGCCAUUUGAAAA